CCACUCACUCUUUGCUUCACUCACCCCGCAAACCACCAUGCCCCGCCCAGGAGCCAACCCGCCAGAGUUCACCAGCGCCCACUUCCCCCGCGCGGCGUGGCCUGAGCAGCUCACCCCGGCGCUGACCGCCGGCCGCGACGCGUCGCAGGCGUGGGCGGCGGCGCGGGACAGCGGCAAGUGGGACGGAAUCGACACGCCGACGUUCACGCUCGCCGUGCUCGACAAGGUGCUCGAGAUCGAGGACUCGGCCCGUGCCGACGAGAGCGCGCAGCCCGCGUCCCAGGCGCCCUCGAGCGAGGCCGUCAUCCAGUUUGUUUACAACAAGGCCGUCGCCGCCCUCCCCCGCUCGCACCGCUACACGCAGGCGCCGGCCUUUGAGAAGGUCCACGCGGCCGUGCUCGCCGCGCUCGACGGCCCCGAGGGCGGCAAGCUCAAGAUCGACGCGUCGCGCCGCAGCGCCAGCGCGACGAGCGCCGACGCGAGCUCGCCGAUCGGCAGCGACGAGUAGGCGCCGGGCCGGUCGAACAUGACAAGUGCUGCUGCCAUAAUGGGCGUGCCUUGCAGCAGCACCAGCAAACGGCGGGCACAGAGUCAUCCUUGCUGAUGAUCUAGAUUUACA